UGUGCAUACUUUGGCACAACACGCAGGUUGGCUGGCGAGUCGCAAAUCUAACGGAUGGUUGUCUGGGGCCAUGAAAUUCCUUCGCGUCGGCUGGAGUGGAGGAAGGGAGUGAGAGUGGAGAGGGACUGUCAAACUGCACGUUCGUUCCCAAGCAUUACGUGAACAAAUAGCGAGUAGCCUGGGAGCAGGUUGUGUAACUUUGCUAAUGUGCGAGCAACUUUAAAAUCCCUUCCUCCUCCACUCCAGGCAGUACCAAGAAAACGAGAGGCACUCCAUACAGCUGCAACCUUUGGCAAGCCAGCUUUUGAAAACAUUUUUUUUUGUAAAUAUUCUCACAUUACAUUUUGAAGUAUUACUUUACAUCUGCAUUUUAACAUAUUUGAUGGACUUUUUUUUUAAAGCAAAUUUUCUGUGGGAAUUGCACAUCUUGUUCUCAUUCGCUUAAAGGAUGAAUUAUCAGACGUCGAUGUAUUUAGUGAAGCUUUUUGGUCUUUAUUUGACUUGCCUGCUUGCAAAUGUAGACGGGCAGCAGCGGCAGCAGCAACAGCAGCAGCAGAGGCGGGAAGGCGAGAGCUCGGCUGUUUGGCGCCGGCGGAUUCAAUGGACAAAUAACGGGCGCGUUUAUAGCUUGUCGAGCCUGGGCUCCGAGUACCAGCCGCCUCAAGGCUCCAGCGGCAGCAACAGCCUCUUCCUGCUGAGUGACACCAACAGCACAGCGGGCGGCGGCGGCGGGGCCAGGCGGAGACCCUCUCCCCCAGCUCACUCCCCGCUAACUCCUUCUGGAGCCCGAGCAGCCAGACACCGGGUAGGCGCAUCGUCCACCCGAGCCCGGCAGCGCCAGGCUGGUGCCAGGCGGACAGAUGCCAGUCAGAGGCAGCACAGCACAGGUAGCAAUGACCCCAGACCUAGUUCUCAGGGAAACUCGGAGCCAGCCGGAGCCGAUGCCGGCGUGGAGCAGAGGGAGCAGAGGGCGCAGAGCAAUGUCAGAGAGAGCCCCACGGCCCAGAGGAACGCGUCGAGCCGGGGGAUCGGCAAUGAGGACAUCAUGGUCGGGGACGACCCCUACGACCCCUACAAACGCAGGGACGACAACAAUUACUACGACGCGUAUGAGAGACCCAGGGUUCGACCCCGCAGACCCGGCUAUGGUACCCGGUACUUCCAAAAUGGUUUGCCAGAUUUAAUCCCAGAUCCGUACUAUAUUCAAGCUGCAACAUACGUUCAGAAGAUGCACAUGUACAACCUAAGAUGUGCUGCAGAGGAAAAUUGCUUGGCAAGUUCAGCCUACAGUGGGAACGUCAGGGACUAUGAUAUGAGGGUUCUGCUGAGAUUCCCGCAGAGAGUGAAGAACCAAGGCACAGCAGACUUCCUUCCAAGCCGGCCUCGUUACUCAUGGGAAUGGCACAGUUGUCAUCGGCACUACCACAGCAUGGAUGAAUUUAGCCAUUAUGACCUCUUGGAUGCCUCCACGCAUAGAAGAGUAGCUGAAGGCCAUAAAGCCAGCUUUUGCCUGGAGGACACCUCUUGUGAUUAUGGGUAUUACAGAAGAUAUGCCUGUACAGCACAUUCACAGGGAUUGAGUCCAGGGUGUUAUGAUACCUACAACGCUGACAUUGAUUGCCAAUGGAUUGAUAUUACUGAUGUUAAGCCUGGAAAUUACAUAUUGAAAGUUGCAGUAAAUCCUAGCUAUUUGGUUCCAGAAUCAGACUAUGGUAAUAAUGUUGUUCGCUGUGAUCUUCGCUAUACAGGCGAUCAUGCAUAUGUCUCAGGCUGUAGGCUUUCACAAUAUUAACUUCACAAAGAGCGAGAUGUGUUAAAGAAUGGAUAUAAUAGGUAACAUUUCCAAGUCAUAAACAAGUUAAACAUCAGUCUCCUUACAUGGCACCAUUUCAACUCAAACAACUGGAACAGGUAUUAUUUGCAGAAGAUGUUGAAAUCUAAGAGAAUAUAUGCUUCCAUCUUAAAACCCGUAACACUGUGUUUGGGCCCCUGGAACCCAUCAGGACUAUUGCAGUGGAAUUAAUUUUGAUACUUUAACUCAUUCAUAAAAGAUUGAUAUUAUGAAGGCACUUGCUACAGUUUUUAUCCAUUCUGCAUGAAGGCAUUCUCCUAUGGCAAAGAAAUGCCAAGGGAAUAGUGUGGUUAGACUUUUGUUGUGAUAAGACAUUUUAUUUUUUAAAUUUAUGAAAGACAUGAUUAUUCUAACACAAUCACCUCGAUAAAGCUACCUUCUGACAUGAAAGACACAGCAUCCUGAUAACCACUGAAAACAUAUCAUGGGAUUAAGCUUGUUAUAUUAAAAUUUGAAUUAAAACUCAAUAUACUUCAUUUACAUUUAGCAACAAUCCAAUUAUAUUCUGCGCAUUGAUCCGAAACGUAAAUCCCUUACUUGUUAUCUGUGGCCAUGCACAUUUGGGUCAGCAAUUGCAAUCACAACGGAAACAUGAGAAUUAUUUCUAUUUGUCACAAUAUAUUUAUGUAAUUAAGAGGUGUGGAAACAUCCAUGCAUUUAAGUUCUUCACCAGACAUCCAAUUAAUACAUAAAUCAAUUUUGCAAUAAUAAAUUAUUUUACACCACUUCAUCCAAAUGCUAAGGAUACACAUGCAUUUUUGUAACUUUGAGCCUGACUAUUCCAUCACGAUACCCCUAAUGACCUGGUGAUAUUUAUUCCUGUGGAAUAAAUGUUAAAGACAUUUCAUUCUUAUAUUCUACAUUAAAGAGCAGAAUUAUGAUUCAUGUUCUGAAAUCUAUGGUCAAAUUAUGUAAAUAUAAAUUCAUGAGUUUACAAACGAAACAGCUCACAAUUGAAGUCUCCUAUUGCUGAGUGGUGAUUGAAGUUUGAUUUAAUAUCACCAGUAACUGUGAAAAUAUUUCACUGUAGAAUAAAUUCAUUUUAAGAACAACACCUACUUUAAAAUACAAUGGAUGGAAAAUAUUAAUAAUAAUGAAAUUGGAAUCAGAGAAACAUAAGGAACUGCAGAUACUGGAAUCUUGAGUAAAACACAAAGUGAAGGAGUAACUCGGCAGGUCAGGCAGCAUCUGGGGAGGGAAUGGAUAGGCGAUAUUUUGGGUCAGGUCCUUUCUUCAGAAAAUGGAAUGUUAUUAUCAAGAAGAUGUAAAUUUUUAAUUUUUACAUUUAGUGCAGAAUUCGUUCAUUGGAAGUAAACAUCCACAAAUAAUUUAAAUGUUUAUUUAACAAAACAAAACAUAACAAUUGAAAGUUAGAAAUAAAGAAAAUAUUUCCAGAAAAAUAUAAAAUUAGAUUAUUAUAAACAUUACCAAAGGCAAAGCCUUAAAUUGAAAAGAAAUAACA